GGAGGCUCUCGUCCAGGGGGAGCCUCGAAGAAUUAUGGUGAUCGUAAAAAAUUUUCUGGCGAGUGCUACAAUUGUGGGAAGGUGGGCCACAUGGCAAAAGAUUGUUGGUCCAAGAAAAGGUUCGUUCAAAGCAACACUGUUACUUCCAAUUCUAAAGAGAAUAGCGAAGAUGAUUGGGAUGCUGAAGCUUUGAUGGCUACGGAGGAAAAAGACUUGGCUCUCACAACAACGUCAGAACAGAUUGACUACAAAAAUGAUUGGAUCGUGGAUUCAGGCUGCUCAAAUCAUAUGACGGGUGAUAAAGAAAAAUUGCAAAACUUAUCUCAAUACAAAGGAGCUCGUAUGGUGGUUACAACCGACAACUCAAGAAUCAUGGAUAACAAGCAAUGGCUGUGGAAGAGGAAAUCUUUAGAAAAUAACAUUGAGAAAGAGAGGACUCUAGAGUUAGAGAGAUCCCUCGAAGAGUUAAAGGAUCAACUUUCAUUAGUUCGCAUCGAGUCCAAUACUAAAGAUGAUCUCUUGGCAAAACAAGCAAAAGUGUCGGAGGAAGCAAUUGCAGGAUGGCGAAAAGCCGAAGCCGAAGCCCUUUCUUUAAAGCAACAACUGGAUGAUGCUUUACUUCAGAAGAGAACUGCUGAACAAAGAGUAGCCGAUAGAGAUGUAGCAUUAAAAGAAUGCAUGCAACAGCUUCAUGUGACCAAGGAAGAUCAGCAGUUCAUUGUCAACAAUGCCUCCUUGAAGAUAUCGAGAGAGCAGGAGAAGAUUCGCACAUUAGAACAGAGGUUAGCAGAUACAAAUCAGAAGCUCACCGAGUCGGUGGUUGCAAUUAGCAACUUGAAUAGAAUUCUAGUGGUCGAAGAGAUGAGUAGACUUGAUUCAUCUGAGAAACUCAUUGCUUCGCUGAAGUAUGAGCUAUGCAUGCUUCAGAAGGAGAUUGAGAUCAGAAACGAGGAGAGGGAAUACAGCCAUCGAUCAGCAAAUGCUGCUCAUAGACAACACCUUGGGAGCAUUAAGAAGAUUGCUAAGCUAGAAACGGAGUGCCAACGAUUGCGUAUCAUGGUCAGGAAGAGGCUGCCGGGACCAACAGCUUUAGCGAAAAUGCGAAGCGAGGUUGAGUCCAUUGAAACAAGGAAGAGAGCUUCGAGCUCCAUGGCUGAAGAUUUCCACUUAAAGGAUACGGUUCUAGAGGACUGUUAUGAUCUAUCAAGCAAGGGUGCUGUUGCUCUCGUCGAUCGACUAUGCACCACUGAAGACGAAAACAAGAUUCUCAAAGAGUCACUGACCAACAAAAACAAUGACCUACAUCAACCAGUUGAUUAUGCAGUUCCAAUAUAUUAUGACAAUCAAUCGGCAAUUCGUUUGGCGGAAAAUCCGAUUUUUCAUGCAAGAACUAAACAUGUUGAAGUGCACUAUCAUUUUAUCAGAGAAAAAGUUCUCCAAGAAGAAAUUGAGAUGAGACAAAUCAGGACAGAUGAUCAAGUUGUAGAUUUGUUCACAAAAGGCUUGAGCGCCAGCAAAUUCAAAAGGUUUCGUGAUCAACUCGGCAUAGUACAAAGGGUUGGUGUUGAGGGGGAGUGUUAAAUAUCAACUCCAACCCAAAUAAAGGA